CCCUCCCCAGCCCCGGCAUCAUGAACCACUUCCGUAUAGGCUCGAAGGAGGCCUUCUCCGGGCACGAGAAGCGCUUCUUCCGCGACACGAAGCCGGUCCCCGCCAACGAGGGCCUGGGGCUUCGGCUGGCGGCCAAAAAGGCAACGCGCCAUCGUGACUCGGCCAGGCGCGCCGGUGGGCAGACGUCGCCGCGAGACCCCAAGAUCGUGGCCGCGGCCGCCGCUGUCAGUGCCACCACCGAGCCGCAAGGCACCUCGGGGCAAUCUCCCACCGCGGGCAACCUCGACGCAUCCCCCACCGGAGCACCCUCGAGAGAGGCCCCGGCGCCGUCCGCGUCCGCGUCUCUGCCGACCGAGCCAGUCUCACACGCCCGGGCCGAUGUUCCGGGAGAGAUGCCCGCCUCGACGCCCCCUCUGACGACCCCCUUCCAGGGCCUGUCGGCCUCCUUCGAUCCGAGCGUGGCCCCGAGUCGCCUUCGGUCAUUCGUUGACCUCGGAGGCAAGCAUGUGGAGACCGGCGGCCAGAUCCACUUCUCGGAUGGCCCGCACCCGCGCGUUGCCCACCCGUGUGUCCUUUCCUCGUGCUACAUCGACGACCUGCAGGAAUGCCUGGCGCUGAGCUCGCCACUCCCGGCAAGCAUGGUCUCCGGGUCGACUCCCUUUGCCUUUGACAUCCUCUCGCCCGGGUCAUACAUCCUGUCCAAGGAUGCGGCGCUCCUCUCCGAGGUACUCACCGCCGCAUUGGCUGGCGUGAUGACAAACGAGUCGCUGGACUUCAGCGCAUCACCAGCCCCCCUGUCAGCCGAGGAGGAGAGCAUGGCCGAGUCGGACUCCGAGCUGCACACCCUGAGCCUGUGUCCAGCCUCGCCAGUUCCCCCGGUGGCCGGUGCCCCGGGCCCGAAGGCGGCCCCAAGCUCGCGGCCUCUCUUGCCGCCGGUGCUGGAUGUGUCGGCCACACCUUCGCCCGAGCCGGUGGCAGACUCCUCUUCGGUCACGCCCCGGCCGGCUGCCCGGCCCGACCACUCGCCGGUGAUCACUGACAGUACCACGCGCAGCAUGGCCAACACCCAGGCCUCCGCCUCGCCGGCUCUCUUCGACCAAAGGGCCCCCCUGGGAUCGGCAACCACCGCCGGCGAAGCUCCCUCCACUCCCAAGACUCCCUCUGCCCGGCCAUCGUCCUCGGCUGGAACUCCCGCUGUGGCAUCUUCGCCCUCCAUCGCAUCCAGGGCCUCGUCCACGGCUCGACGCACGCGCACCCGCUCUCGCAAGCAUCCAGCCGAGGCGGCCGCCGUGUCGCCUCCCCAGCAGGCAGAUAUCUUGCGUGGACUCCUUGCGCCAUCCAGGACAAAGACUGCCGGUACUCCUGUUGCCGGCGCCGGGGCCAGCACCGCCGCCCCCGCCAGCACCGCCGCCACGACUGCUCCUCCGACGAUGGCCACCGUUCAGCCCCAACCAGUCCCUGCGAUGCUCCCCCAACAACAGCAACAGCAGCAGCAGCAGCAGCCAUCGAUCGUUGAGACCCCCUUCCAGCGGAUGGCUCCCUUCCUCCAGCGCCCGGCCGACGAUCACCAUCUCCGCCGGGUGGUCGGCGGCGAUGUCCUCCUGCCGCACUCGACACCGCGCCUGAAUGCCCCCGGCAUGGGGUACGGAGGGGGCUCGAUGACGCCCGGCUUCCAGCCCCUGCCCUCCCUUGCUCAGCAGCAACUCAACUCCUCGCCGCAGCUGUCGGCGCCGCUGGCGAUCCCCCCGCAGCACCAGCAUUCCCUCGGCGGCGGGACCUUGGCCGGGACUCCGCAGCUGUUUUACCUUUCCAACGGGCAAAUGGUGCCGGUCGCCUCGUCCGCGCUGGGUGGCAUGGCUCUCCCCUCCUUGCAGCAGCAGCAGCAGCAGCAACAGCAGCAACUGCUGCAGAUGCAGCUUCAGAUGCCCCUUCAGCAGCCUCGGUUCGUGCCGGAGCUGCAGCAGCCCCAGUUCCAGCAGUUCCCCCAGCUGCAGCACCCUCUGCAGCCCAUGCACCCGAUGCAGCAGCAGCAGCAGCCCAUGCAAUAUCAGCAGCCCAUGCAGCUGCCAAUCAUGGGGAGUGUCUUCGAGCCGGCGCCACCCCCACCCCCACCUCCUCCUCCGACAGCCGACAUGGACUCCUGCAAGCGCAUCAUCCUAUCCCUGAUGAAGAAUUACGGCGCGGACUUGGUUCUGCGCGGCCUGGCCAGCGUCUGCUGGGUCACUUCGAAUGUCGGCAGCUCGGCCGAGCAGCCAUCCCAGCCGCUGCGCUGGAACCAGAUGUUCAUCGACCAUCACCUGCCCACGUUGGGGACCCCGUCGAGCGAUGAGCUCCGGGACUACUUGCAGCGGUGGGGCGCCCUGGCCGUGGUGCUGGAGCAGUUGCUGAUCCUGGCCCCGAGCCCGCGCCGAGUGGGGGAAGGCGCCCAGCACCCGAGCGAUCAGUCCUUUGUUCGGGUGGCCGUGGACAAGAUGUUUGCCUUCACCCUGUUGAGUUCCCUCGAGGCGGAAAUCCUCCCCAGCCGGCAGCCCCCAGGGCCGGGGCCGGCCGACUGCUCCACCCCCCGCUCCGGUGCCUCGAGUAGCUCCUGAGAAGUGCCCGGCCGCAUUUCCUCCCCUCCCUCUGCCCCUUCCCGAUUGCCGGCGCGCCGCCACCCCCCCCGGAAGUGAAGAUGGGCGCGAGGGGGGAGGAGGCAGGCAAGAAGAAAGAAAAAAAUAGAAACACACUG